GGCGUUGUCGUGGUUGGGGGUUGCAAGCCAGCUUUGUCACUGGAGCAUUGUCACCUUAGUUGCUUGACUGAGGCUCUAAAGCUCUGACUGACUGGCGGCCGAGAGUCCUGCCUUGGCGUUGGAGUUCGCGUUCGAGUUCGAGUUCCCUCGCAUCCUGUGAUUAAUUUUUUUAGUGUGUGGACAAAGGAAGAGCCAAAGCCAGGUCAUAAUCCGUGUAUAUAUAUUCCUGCAGCGGCCUGUUUAGCUCCUCUCCCUUAAAGAAAGGCCUUCUACAGCAGCAACUCCUCAGCCCCGGGGGGUGAAAACAUCCCCACACCCACUUCCAUCUACCCUCCCAACCGUGGCCAGGAUGAGCCGCUUGAAUGAUUGACCGCCUUCAGAUUCGUCGCUUGGGUGCAGCUGCUAGAAACAAACGCGCAGGAGUAGGAGCGGGUGGAGGAGCUGGAGCUGGAGCAGGAUCAGUGGGAACAGCCGGAGCGACAGCAGCAGGAGCAGCAGCAACCGGCGCGGGAGCAGCAGCUGCAGGAGCAAGACCAGUUGCAGGAGCAAGUUCAGGUUCAGGCGUAGGUCAUCACUCCCACCCAACGCACUCGACCAGCGGCAUCAAUACGCCGGCCACGGCCAGCACGAGCUCAUCCAGCGGCAACAGCUUGACCCCGCAGCAGCAGCAUCAUCAUCAUCAUCAUCAUCAGCAUACUCACGGGCAUCACCACGGCGGCCAUCAUCACCAUUCCUCGCUGAGCCACCACUCGCACCACCAACACCACCCGCAGCAUCCCACCCACCUCGGCCACUCGCAACCGGCGUCGGCAAGCCAGUUUAGCUUCAAUCCCUCGCCGGGAAGCAGUCCUGGCAACGGGCUGGGAGCUCGCCAGGAUGCGGCCAGUGCGCUCAAUAGUCCCACAACCAUUGUGAACUCGGGCAGCGGCAGCGGAGGCGGCAGCAGCGUCGCCUUCGGGAUGCAGUCGCAGCAGCAGCAGCAGUCGCAGCAGCAGCUGGGCUCCUCCGCCACCGCGGCACCGUCCUCGGGCGGUGGCCACAACAAUGGAGCCGGCCUGGGUCUGGGCAGUUCAUCGGGAGGCGUGGGCGUCGUUGGGGUUGGCGGUGGCGGCGGUCUCAAUCUGCUUGGCGGCAUCGGUGGUCUGGGCGGCAUGGGUGGCGGAGCAGCUGCCGCCGGAAUGGGCAUCUGCGGUGGCAUCAGCAGCACCGUGGGCAGUGCCGCCAUCACCGGAGUGCCACCCAUCGGGCUGGGCAUUGCCACUGGCAUUGGCAACAAGAUAAUGCUUGGGCGGAAGCAGAGCCUCAAGGGCGGCGAACCCUUCCUCGCGGAUUAUGGGCCCGAGGAGUCGCUCAACGAGAGCGCCGACAUCGAGUGGGUGAACAAGCUGUGGGUGCGCCGCCUGAUGCGUCUCUGUGCCUUGGUCUCGCUCACCUCUGUUUCGCUCAACACGCCCAAGACCUUCGAGCGGUAUCCUUCGCUGCAGUACAUCACCUUCUUCUCUGACACGGCCGUCACGCUGCUCUUCACCGCCGAGAUGGUGGCCAAGAUGCACAUCCGUGGGGUAUUGCAUGGUGAGGUGCCUUAUUUGAAGGAUCAUUGGUGCCAGUUUGAUGCCUCCAUGGUCAGCUUCUUGUGGAUUUCUAUCAUUCUACAGAUCUUUGAGGUGCUCGAGGUAGUUCCCAAAUUCUCCUAUUUGUCUAUAAUGAGAGCGCCUCGUCCUUUGAUUAUGAUACGCUUUCUCCGAGUCUUCCUGAAGUUUAGCAUGCCCAAAAGUAGGAUAAAUCAGAUCUUCAAACGUUCGAGCCAGCAAAUCUACAACGUGACCCUGUUCUUCCUAUUCUUCAUGUCCUUGUAUGGCCUGCUGGGGGUUCAGUUCUUUGGCGAGCUCAAAAAUCAUUGUGUAAUGAAUAACACAGAGUACGAUCUGCUCAAGAGACCAAUCUUAACCAUCAACUCACUGGCCAUUCCGGACACUUUCUGCUCGAUGGACCCCGAUUCUGGCUAUCAGUGCUCGCCGGGCAUGCGCUGCAUGAAGAUGGACUUCCUCAGCAGCUACGUGAUAGGCUUCAAUGGCUUCGAGGAUAUUGCCACAUCUAUUUUCACAGUGUACCAAGCUGCCUCGCAGGAGGGUUGGGUGUUCAUCAUGUACCGGGCCAUAGAUUCCCUGCCCGCCUGGCGAGCCGCCUUCUACUUCAGCACCAUGAUCUUCUUCCUGGCCUGGCUGGUGAAGAACGUGUUCAUUGCGGUGAUCACGGAGACCUUCAACGAGAUCCGCGUCCAGUUCCAACAGAUGUGGGGGGCACGGGGACACAUCCAGAAGACGGCUGCCUCGCAGAUACUCAGUGGCAAUGAUUCCGGCUGGCGGCUGGUGACCAUCGAUGAUAACAAACAUGGUGGCUUGGCGCCGGAGACCUGUCAUGCCAUCCUGCGAUCGCCCUACUUCCGCAUGCUGGUGAUGAGCGUAAUCCUGGCCAAUGGCAUUGUGACGGCCACCAUGACCUUCAAGCAUGAUGGCAGGCCAAGGGAUGUGUUCUACGAGCGAUACUACUACAUAGAGCUGGUCUUCACCUGCCUGCUGGAUCUGGAGACGCUGUUUAAGAUCUACUGCCUCGGUUGGAGGGGCUACUACAAGCACUCGAUCCACAAGUUUGAGCUGCUCCUGGCCGCCGGCACCACGCUGCACAUUGUGCCCAUGUUCUAUCCCUCCGGACUGACCUACUUCCAGGUCUUGCGAGUGGUGCGCCUGAUCAAGGCCUCGCCUAUGCUGGAGGGAUUCGUGUACAAGAUCUUUGGGCCCGGGAAGAAGCUCGGAUCGCUAAUCAUCUUUACCAUGUGCUUGCUGAUCAUCAGCUCAAGCAUUUCGAUGCAGCUCUUCUGCUUCCUGUGCGACUUUACCAAGUUCGAGUCCUUUCCGGAGGCCUUCAUGAGCAUGUUCCAGAUCCUCACCCAGGAGGCCUGGGUGGAGGUAAUGGACGAGACAAUGAUACGGACCAGCAAGACCCUGACACCCCUGGUUGCCGUGUACUUUAUACUCUACCAUCUGUUCGUGACCCUCAUCGUGCUCAGUCUUUUCGUGGCGGUCAUUCUCGAUAAUUUGGAGUUGGACGAGGACAUCAAGAAGCUGAAGCAGCUCAAGUUUCGAGAGCAGAGCGCCGAGAUCAAGGAGACGCUGCCAUUCCGGCUGCGCAUCUUCGAGAAGUUUCCCGACUCGCCGCAGAUGACCAUCCUCCACCGCAUACCCAAUGAUUUCAUGCUGCCCAAGGUGCGCGAGAGCUUCAUGAAGCACUUUGUCAUCGAGCUUGAGACGGAGGACUCCCUAGUGGAGAACUGCAAGCGGCCGAUGUCCGAGUGCUGGGAGUCCAAUGUGGUCUUCCGCAAGCAGAAGCCCGUGCGGAUCAUGAACAAGACGGCCAAGGUCCGAGCGGCGGGCAGCAGUCUCCGCAAGCUGGCCAUUACGCACAUCAUCAACGACAGCAACAACCAGCGCCUGAUGCUGGGCGACUCCGCCAUGCUGCCAGUGGUGGGCACAAAAGGCGGCGGCGGCCUCAAGUCCCAGGGCACCAUCACCCACUCGAAACCGUGGCGCGUUGACCAGAAGAAGUUCGGCUCCCGCUCCAUCCGCCGCAGCGUUCGCUCCGGCUCCAUUAAGCUGAAGCAGACGUACGAGCAUCUGAUGGAGAAUGGCGACAUUGCGGCUGCUCCGCGGGCCAACUCUGGACGCGCCCGGCCCCAUGACCUGGACAUCAAGCUGCUGCAGGCCAAGCGCCAGCAGGCGGAGAUGAGGCGGAAUCAGCGGGAGGAGGAUCUGCGCGAGAAUCAUCCCUUCUUCGACACUCCCCUUUUCUUGGUGCCACGUGAGAGCCGCUUCCGCAAGAUCUGCCAGAAGAUUGUUCAUGCGCGGUACGAUGCCCGGCUGAAGGAUCCGCUGACAGGCAAGGAGCGCAAGGUCCAGUACAAGAGUUUGCACAACUUUCUGGGCCUGGUUACCUAUCUGGACUGGGUAAUGAUCUUCGCUACCACAUUGUCCUGCAUCUCCAUGAUGUUUGAGACGCCCAACUAUCGGGUAAUGGACCAUCCCACACUACAGAUUGCCGAGUACGGGUUUGUGAUCUUCAUGAGCUUGGAACUGGCCCUCAAGAUCCUGGCCGACGGGCUCUUUUUUACACCGAAAGCGUACAUCAAGGACGUGGCCGCUGCCCUGGAUGUCUUCAUCUAUGUGGUGUCCACUUCUUUCCUGUGCUGGAUGCCCCUGAAUAUACCCACCAAUUCGGCGGCCCAGCUGUUGAUGAUCCUGCGCUGCGUGCGGCCACUGCGAAUCUUCACCCUGGUGCCGCAUAUGCGCAAGGUGGUCUACGAGCUGUGCCGCGGCUUCAAGGAGAUCCUGCUCGUAUCCACCCUGCUCAUCCUGCUGAUGUUUAUCUUUGCCAGCUACGGUGUUCAGCUGUAUGGCGGUCGCCUGGCCCGCUGCAAUGAUCCAACGAUAUCAAGGCGGGAGGACUGCGUGGGUGUCUUUAUGCGACGCGUCUUUGUCACGAAGAUGAAGUUAACCCCUGGCCCGGAUGAGUCCUAUCCAGCAAUGCUGGUGCCCCGCGUCUGGGCCAAUCCGCGUCGUUUCAAUUUUGACAAUAUCGGUGACGCCAUGCUGACGCUCUUCGAGGUGUUGUCCUUCAAGGGCUGGCUGGAUGUGCGCGAUGUGCUCAUCAAGGCGGUGGGUCCGGUUCAUGCCGUGUAUAUCCACAUUUACAUCUUCUUGGGCUGCAUGAUCGGAUUGACCCUGUUCGUGGGCGUGGUGAUUGCCAAUUAUUCGGAGAACAAGGGCACGGCCUUAUUGACCGUGGACCAGAGGCGUUGGUGUGACCUCAAGAAGCGUCUGAAGAUUGCCCAGCCGCUCCAUCUGCCCCCCAGACCCGAUGGUCGCAAAAUUCGGGCCUUCACGUAUGACAUCACCCAGCAUAUUAUCUUCAAGCGGGUCAUCGCUGUGGUGGUGCUGAUCAACAGCAUGCUGCUCUCCAUAACGUGGAUCAAGGGAGAGGUGCAUACGGAACGCCUGGUGAUCGUCAGUGCGGUAUUGACCUUUGUCUUUGUGGUUGAGGUGGUGAUGAAGAACAUUGCCUUUACACCGCGCGGCUAUUGGCAAUCUAGGCGCAAUCGCUAUGACCUACUGGUCACCGUUGCCGGUGUGAUUUGGAUCAUUCUGCAGACGAUUCUGCGGAACGAUCUGUCCUACUUCUUUGGCUUCAUGGUGGUCAUCCUGCGCUUCUUCACCAUCACCGGCAAGCACACCACACUGAAGAUGCUUAUGUUGACCGUGGGCGUCUCUGUAUGCAAGUCCUUCUUCAUUAUCUUCGGCAUGUUUCUGCUAGUCUUCUUCUAUGCGCUGGCCGGAACAAUCCUUUUCGGAACGGUCAAGUUUGGCGAGGGCAUUGGUCGGAGGGCUAACUUUGGCUCCCCGGUCACCGGGGUGGCCAUGCUCUUUCGUAUUGUCACUGGCGAGGACUGGAAUAAGAUUAUGCACGACUGUAUGGUCCAGCCGCCGUACUGCACCCACGGCGAUAACUAUUGGGAGACGGAUUGUGGCAACUUCACCGCCAGCCUCAUAUACUUCUGCACCUUCUACGUGAUCAUCACCUAUAUAGUGCUCAACUUGCUUGUGGCUAUUAUCAUGGAGAACUUUUCGUUGUUCUACUCCAACGAAGAGGAUGCCCUGCUCUCCUAUGCGGAUAUACGCAACUUCCAGAACACCUGGAACAUUGUGGACAUCCAUCAACGUGGCGUCAUACCCGUGCGGCGGGUGAAGUUCAUUCUGCGCCUCCUAAAGGGCCGCCUGGAGUGCGAUCCCCAAAAGGAUCGCCUCCUGUUUAAGUACAUGUGCUAUGAGCUGGAUAAGCUACACAAUGGCGAGGAUGUAACCUUCCACGAUGUCAUCAACAUGCUGAGCUACCGCUCUGUGGACAUUCGCAAGGCCCUGCAGCUGGAGGAGCUGCUGGCGCGUGAGGAGUUCGAGUAUCUAGUGGAAGAGGAGGUGGCCAAGAUGACCAUUCGCACCUGGCUGGAGGGAUGCCUCAAGAAGAUAAGGGCCCAAAAUGCUAGUAAGCAACAGAACUCGCUGAUAGCUGGCCUGAGGGCCACUAAUGAGCAGCCUGUAAUGCGGCCCAAUGUCCAGGAGGACAAGGCUCCCCUGGGUUCAGCGGACAAGGCCACCAUCAGCACGAUCAGCGGAGUGGUGGCCGGUGGCUGUCCGCCCACCAGCGAUGCCUUCUCGCCCACAUUUAGUUCCACGGAAAACGAGGAGAAGGAUGUCAGCAGCAGUGCCGUUGUGCUGCCCCACCCAGAGCCGGGAGUGGCAGCAGUGACGACAACGGGAGUGGGACCAGGAGCGGGACCAGUAGCUGGAAUAGUCGGAGCACCGGUGGUGGCCGGGCGCCACGUCAUGGCUGUGAGCAAGCGGGGUUAUGCCCUCAACCGCUCCGACUCCACGGGCAGCUCGGCGGGGCGUAAGUUCCUGGCGCCCACCUCCAGCGAUCCGCAGCAGCGCUCGACGCUCAGCGACAAGGAGCGGCUCCACAUCAGCAGCCAGCAGAGGAAGAAGAACUCGAUGACCACACUGCCGCAUGCGGGGCAACUGGGCCAGCUGGGCAAGCAGAGGGCCGGGGCUGCCGGAAAUGUGGGUGGCGAGGCCAACAAGUCGACCAAUUUCUUUGCCCAGGUUAAUAGCGAGAUCGGCCAGUUCCAUUAUCCGACAAUAAACGCAGCCGCCGCCUAUGGGCACGGACACGGACAUGGUCAUGGGCAUGCCCACGGUCAUGGUCACGGGCAUGGCCAUGGGGCGGGACACGGCAUGGACCUGCAUCAGCAGCAGCAUCAUCACGGCGCCCUGGGCAGCCCAUCGGCCAUCAUGAGCCAGCUGAUCGGGGGCAGCGGGAAGCUGCUGCCGUUCAACAACCAGGCCAAUGUGGUCUACGAGGUGCACGAUUGGUGGCAGGAGCAGGUGCUCUGCACACAGACCAGCGACGACGAGAUCUAGUCCUGGCACAGGGGACCGCACAGUCCUCGGGAGCGCCUGGCAUUAACAUUAUCAACUAGUGGCCUAGAGUUUUGUAUAUGCCUAAGUAAAUACUAUAUAUGUAAAUGUUAACAGAUCGCAGAUGCGAUUGGCAACCAUUAGUUUUACAUAAGUUUAUUGUUUGUUGUUGUGCUAGAUGGAGGUAUGAUCGGUCAGUUGGUAACGGUAACAUUGUUAUACAUAGCUAAAAUAUAUUUAGAUAUAUACGAUAUAUUAUAUAUGUGACUCUGAGUGGACUCCACAACUCGCCAAUCAAAUAGGAAUGCCAAGAUCCCCAGAUCGUUUUCAAUUAGCCAAGUUUAUACCGAAUAUGUUAUAGAGAAGAAGCGUAUUGAGUUAUUUUGUGGGUGGCCAGACAUCGGCGCAGCACAAAUAAUAUUAACUAAAUACUACCAAAGCCCCAUUCAAUGCGACCUCUCUAUCUCUCUUGCAAA